GACACGUAGACCCGCCGCUAUAAAGCGCGCCGCGCGUCGGGCGGGCCAUCUUUACGCAAAAGCGCAAACUGAGACGCGGAUCGCCGCUUUGACUCCACUCAUUCUUUCUUGGGACAAUGCUGCGAGUGAGGUGUCUGAGAGGAGGCAGCAGGGGGGCCGAAGCUGCCCAUCUGAUCGGAGCCAUGCUUGGCCGCUCAGUCGCUGGCUGGGCGCAGAGGGUUUUUCAGAGCACCUCAAGCGCUGCAGCUGCACAGCCACGACAUGCAGCUGAAGAGGAACAUGUUACUGAGUCUGCUCCGCAGGAAUGUCCUGUCUGCAGCUACAAUGAAUGGGACCCCCUUGAGGAGGUCAUCGUGGGUCGAGCCGAGAACGCCCACGUGCCUCCCUUUACCGUGGAAGUGAAAGCUAACACAUAUGAGAAGUAUUGGCCCUUCUACCAGAAGCAUGGGGGCCAGUCUUUUCCUGCGGACCACUUGAAAAAAGCUGUUGCUGAGAUUGAAGAAAUGUGCAAUAUUCUGCGCCAUGAGGGUGUCGUCGUGAGGAGACCGGAUCCCAUCGACUGGUCUUUGGAAUACAAAACUCCAGAUUUCUCAUCAACAGGAAUGUAUGCUGCCAUGCCCAGAGACAUCCUUAUAGUGGUUGGGAAUGAAAUUAUUGAGGCCCCAAUGGCCUGGAGGGCUCGUUUCUUUGAGUACCGCGCCUACAGACCCCUGAUCAAGGAGUACUUCAGAAAAGGUGCUAAAUGGACCACAGCUCCCAAACCCACCAUGGCUGAUGAGCUUUACGAUCAGGACUACCCCAUCCGCACGGUGGAGGACAGGCACAAACUGGCUGCACAGGGGAAGUUCGUGACCACCGAGCACGAGCCCUGCUUCGAUGCUGCUGAUUUCAUCCGAGCCGGGACGGACCUCUUCGUCCAGAGGAGUCAGGUUACAAACUACAUGGGAAUUGAGUGGAUGCGCCGUCAUCUGGCGCCAGAUUACAAGGUCCACAUAAUCUCAUUCAAAGACCCCAAUCCCAUGCACAUCGAUGCCACGUUUAACAUAAUUGGUCCAGGAUUGGUGCUGUCCAACCCGGAUCGUCCGUGUCGCCAGAUUGAGAUGUUCAAGAAGGCCGGCUGGACUGUUGUAAAACCUCCAACCCCUUUGAUUCCUGAUGACCAUCCCCUGUGGAUGUCCUCCAAAUGGCUGUCCAUGAACGUCCUGAUGUUGGAUGAAAAGCGUGUCAUGGUGGACGCCAAUGAGAGCUCCAUUCAGAAAAUGUUUGAGAGCCUUGGGAUCCAGACCGUAAAGGUGAACAUUCGCCAUGCCAACUCCCUGGGUGGCGGCUUCCACUGCUGGACAACCGAUGUCCGUCGCCGUGGUACCUUGCAGUCCUAUUUCCAUUAGCCACGCCAGAAAUAGGCAGUUUUUAUUGAGUUUUUCUUGUGAAUUGAUCAGUAAUGUACACUUAAACAAAAAAAAAAAGUAAAGAAAAAUGUACUCUGCAAAUGUAGGCCUCUGUCUUAAUGAAUUUGGCCAUGUGUGUUUCUGUGUCAAACAAAUGAUCGGGACAGGAGGGGCGAAGGUGCCGAAGCUGCUUCUCCGCCUUUGUGUCAAGAAUGAACUUUUACGAAUGGUUUUGAUUUGCUCUAUCAGGCAUUGAUGCCUUUGCAGACAGCUUUGUUCACAGAUCAGUACAUAUUUUACGCUAAUGGUUGUCACUACACACAAUCUCAAUAUCAACUGCAUUUCUGGCCUGGCUAUUGUGAAAAUAAAAGGGUUCUUCUCCAUCCUGACGCCGAAGCUCUGAGGACAAGGUACAAUUUGGUAUGGGAGUGUCAUCAAACGAGGGCACAGGGGGUGACAGACUACCUCCUUAGGAAAACUGGGGGUGGGUUUUUCCCUGGAGCGAAUGUGCUCUCCUUGCUUCUCUCCUCCUCAAGGUCCUGAAAUGUGUGCUCCAGCUGUGACAGAAGCAAAGGAACACAUUAACUCCAUGAAAAAAACGCCCUCAAGUCUUAAUUUUUUCCAAAAUUUUGUAUAUUAAAGUCAUGUAUAAACUUUUUUUUUACAUAGGUCAUAAAACAAUUUUGUCAUUCACUAUUUUGUAUGAAAAAAAGAGAGUGGGAGAAAAAGAAGUGGAUCCAUUGGACAGAAAAAGUUUUUCUUAUAUUUUUACAACUUUAUAUUGGCUUUCCCAGCAGUUAAUGUUUUUAUAUAUUUACUAUGCGGUCCAUAUCAGUUAUUGUAUACCUUUUGCCUCUACUGUAUGCUAAUACUACAAAUCUGGGCCAGUUACAUGCUGCUAGUCAUUCUCACUGAAAUACUUCUUGUCUGCUUUUGAGUUUUACAGCAAAAAUAAUAAUAAUUUUAAAAAAAAAAAGCUUCAAGGGUGAAAAGAUGUUUGAUUCCUUUGCUGUCCUCAGAGUGAGUUGCACAAUGUAACUGCCUUGAUAUUUAUUUUAAAUAAUUCAAGGGAUGUGCAGCUCAACAGAGUAAUACAAGUAAUGUUUGUCAUGCCAUGCAAAUAAAAUGAAGUUUUAAGACAUUUCCAUUCA